AUGGCCCAAUUCACAACGACAACCGUUACUUAUCCGCUAGCAAAAUAUUCGCGGUCAUAUCCUGCGAGCUCAUCAUCCUCUCAGAACCCUGCUACAGAUGCGGAAUGGCAGCAUUUCGUCCACCCCAUUAUCAACCUCCACCUGGACGCGAAGAAAUCUUCCGCAGGAAAUCUUGUCUCUGUCCGCCUUCGAAUUGUAUGGAAUUUUGACAGCAGCACUAAUAGCACGGAUGUCGAUCAAAGAGAGAUUACCCUCGAAGAUCUUGAUUUACUUUCCUUCUCGUCGAUCUCAAACUCGAGGAUGAAUUCUGGGCAACCUGACCAUGGUCUUCCUCUCAAAGCUGUCUACCGGGAUGCUGUGGUUGGCAUCCGGUACCUGCACCCUAGAACAGCAGGUUCGACUUGUCAACCAGUAUAUCGGCGCUUUCAGAUCACGUUCACCACUGCAACGAGCGCAGCUCAGUUCAUUGAUGCCAUCCAACCUGUUUGUCCUUGUAGAAUCAAUCCACAGCCGCCUUUAGUCACUCGCACCCUUACUAUAGCUGCAGCAGGCCCUUCCGACGACCUUUCCCGUCGAGGUACUAUACUCCCAAGUGUAUCACAGGCUCGGCCAUCAACGAGCGGAACUCCGCUCAGACCUGCGCCGACUGUUCUUCUUUCCGAAAAUCCAUCAUCCGAAUCCAAUUUGCCAACAUUUGCCCCAUCGACGCCGGUUAGGUUCACACCUGUGGCUCUGAGCAGCAGUUCUGCGAAAACAACAUCUGUGACCGCACCCUCUCAUGACAGUUCUUUACCUGAUUCUUCCCAGCCAUCCUCGUCUGCUCGCAGUAGUUCAAACACGAUGCCCCCGCCUCCACUGCCUUCGAGCGUCACACGAUCCCUUCAAUCAGAAAGUCGACCAUCAGAAGGUCGUAAUUCAACUCAGGCCCAGCUUGUUGCAUCACUGCACGACAUUCCAGCCCUUCACAAGCUACCCCAUGCAGAGCUAGAAUCCAUCGUAGCACAAGUCAUCAGAGAGGAAGGUUUUGCCCAACUGCUUGCAUCCUUAGACAUCAUGUGGAGAGUGAAGGGUUUUCUUGGCCAAUGA